AUGGCCGGUCUUCCGCCACCUCCACCGCCACCUCCACCACCACUCACUGGUAAUGGGGGUAAUGCUUCUCCUGCACCUGCAGCAAAUGUUAUGGCAGGAAGAAAUGCAUUAUUAUCUGAUAUUAGAAAGGGUUCGAGGCUAAGGAAAGCUGAAACAAAUGAUAGAAGUGCUCCUUUGCUGGCUAGUGGGACGACAAAUUCCUCUAGUGGUUCUUCUGUACCCAUGAGCAGUCCCAAUGGAGCUGGUAGGCCAGGUGUACGUUCGCCGAUGCCUUCUGGUCCACAAUUGGGUGAUAUUUUUGCCGCAGGGAUUCCGAAAUUGAAACCAACAAGACAGGCAAAUGCUCCACCAGUUCCCGUUGGUGGAGCACCGCCAGUGCCGACGAGUGUGCCCCCUUCUAUGUCUUCUGGUCGUCCUGUCUCCUCGAAUACUAGUCCCCCACAAUCGCCCCCCCCUGUUAUUCCGAAUGUAGGGCCGCCAAAGUUAAAUCGACAAAAUGCGCCAGAGGUGUCAAGAAGUCCCCCUGUAAAUGCCAGAAAUCCUUCGGUUCCUCCUCCUCCUCCUCCUCCUCCUCCUCCCCCCCCCUCUAAUUUAGCGCCUCCAUUACCUAGCGUUGGUGCUCCAACUACCCCUCCACCACCAAUACCAAAUGCUGCGGCUCCUACUGUUCCUUCACCUGGUUCUAUUCCUUCACCCACAAUAUCCCAGAUACCGUCCGGUGGUAGCCUUCCAUUCCUGGCGCAGAUACAAAAGAAACGAGACGAUCGUUUUGUGGUCGAUGGCACUUCCGGCUAUACCACUCAAAAAUCUCAGGAAGAAUUGGAUGAGCCAAGCAGCAAGGCAACUCCUGUAGUGCCGGUGACACAACAGCGUUCCGGCAAUCCAAUGCAGGACGAACUUGCAGCUAGAAUAAGACAAAAACCUUCACAGCAGAAACCACCUGUGAUGGCACCACCACCACCUCCGGCGGCACCACCGCCACCGGCAGCCCCAGCACCGCCACCACAGACAAGCUCUCCAGCACCUCCUUCAAACCCACCUCCAUUUCCUCAGUCUGGUGCACCUCCUCAUCUCUCAUCUCAGCAUAGAAGGUCGAGUUCAAAGCAUUUUGCUGCUGCAGUUCCCGUACCAUCUCCUCCACCAAUUCCUACCUCACAUGCCCCUGAAUUGCCCACGUCUCCUCCACCCGCAGCUGCAUUCAGUCCUCCUGCUACAUUUGAGGAUACUAUACCAAUAAAUAAGGCUCCUCCCCCUCCUCCACAGCCAGUCUCCGAAACGGCUGUACAGACGCCAGGUUCCUCUGCACCAUCGACUUCUAGGAAACAUCGAAUCUUUUCUACAAUUGAAGAUGGCAACGCAGAGCAGCCGGCAAAUAUUCCUCCUGCAGCGGCCGACAUUGAUAGCACACAAUUCACCAUCAGAAGUGUCAAUAGUGGUGCUGAAUUCGACUCAAACUCACGCACGGCAAUAGACGACCGGAGGUUCAAAUUCGUUAAUGCUAGUGAUCUUCCGAAACCUAGGAAGUUCACAGGCAUCACCAAGCUGUACCCAAGUGGUAGAGGUAGCAGUGUGCCCUUAAAUUUAAAAUUAUUUACAUAA